UGCCUACACAGAGGAGCUGUGCUGUAAUUUAAAACCUGCUGAAGGCUGCGACUGCCCCAAGCCUUUCACUUACACACACAUACACAUUGAGCAGCAGGCUUUGUUCUAGACUCUGGCACAACUCUGUGCUCACAACAGCACACAGCACAGAGAAGUCUACACUUUGGAUUUACUAACUGGAUGAAACAUCGAUUGUAUUUCCCUGUGACCAGGGACUGCAACUGCACUGGUUUACUAGGACAGCAGUGAGGAUUGAGGUGACCAAGGCAUAACUCUCACCAUGCGACUCUUUACUGCUUUGCUGCUGCUGGUCCUGGUGUUUAUAGUGGCUGCGGCAUGGCGGGGAAAGAGACAAAGACAAGAAAAUUCUCCAGACAGAAGAAGGUUGAACACCGUUAAGCACUUAGCAGACCGCUGCAAAGAGUACAUAGAGAAUGGUGAUAAGUUUCUGGACUGCCAGGACUGCCAUUUGACUGCUGUCCAGUUUGGUUGGCCAGAGGAUAUCGACCACCUUUUGCUGGCACACAACAGGAUAAAAGUGCUGAAAGAUAAUACAUUCAGCCAUUUUCGAAACCUACUGAGUCUGGAUUUGCAGCUAAAUGAGAUUUCACUAAUUGAGGAAGGUGCUUUCAGUGGUCUAACCAAGCUCACCACCUUACUGCUACAGCACAACCACCUCCAAGUGGUUUCUGAAGCCAUGUUCAUUCCCUUGCCUCGACUUAGAUUCCUGCGCCUUCAUGACAACCCAUGGACCUGCAACUGUGAGUUGGACAGCCUGGUGCGCUUUCUGCAGGUGCCAAGCAACCGUCACCUUGGUAACUUCGCAAAAUGUGCAGAGCCUACAAGGUUUUGGGGGCAGCACCUGAAGACUCUGGAUCCUAAGUUGCUGUGCUUGCCAUACUUGCAGGCACAGGUUCGGUUACCUAGACCGCAUUCAGAUACAACAUUGCUGUGUCACACUCAAGAUUCUCCGAAACCGCUGCUUGACUGCAGGAGCAGAGGGCUGAAGGCUGUGCCACGUGAUAUUCCAGAAAACACUGCAAAAAUCGACCUUGCUUUUAACAACAUAACAGAGCUGAAGCCUGAAGUGUUUACAACCAUCAAAGACUUAAAGCUGUUGAACCUGAGCAGCAACAGUCUGGAACACAUUGAAGCAGCUGCAUUUGCUGGCCUUUUGCACCUACGAGAGCUGGACCUCUCCAACAACAGCCUGCACUACUUUAAUUAUGGUGUCCUGGAAGACCUUUACUACCUCAGGACACUGUAUCUAGGUGGCAACCCCUGGAUUUGUGAUUAUAACAUCCACUACCUAAUCUACUGGCUGAAGCACCAUCCAGCAGUAGAAUACAAAGGCCUGAUGUGCAGCGAACCAGAGGAAUACCAAGGUUGGUCUGUUGAAAGCUAUGUCAAGACCUACAACGCUGAGUGUCCUAAAGACAAGCAGGUUGACUUACACAGAGAAACUGGUCCCACAGUCAGCACAUCACAAGAGCUAUUUGUAGAGAUGGAGGAGGAUCCAGGACUGCUGCCCAGCCCACUCCGAAAAAAGGAACCCAAUAAGUUUGAGAUUUUUCGUCUGAGUUAAAAAGACCAGAGUAAUUAUGGCUCUUUCCUGAUAAACUGCCAUGUUUUCCAAUAGAACAGUUCUGAGUCAGUCUGCACUUUAUCGGGAAAAAAGACUCUUAGAUCUUCUUUAUUUCAGUUAUAGAAAAAUAAUGCCUUUUUGCAUUUUUUUCAAAUUUGUAAAAAAAAAAAACAACUCAAUGUAUUUUUUCUACUAUUGGAUUUCUGAUUAAUUAAUAAAAUAAGACAGUUUUAUUGA